AUGGCUGGUGUGCGCGAGGCGUGCGCGGCAGGGGAGGCAGCGAUGAGGGCGGUGCAGGCGGUGAGGGGCGAGGUGGCCGCGCUGCAGCGGCAAGUCGUGUCCGUGCGGGAGGUGGCAGUGCUGAAGCACAGCCUGGAGGACGAGGUGACCGCGCUGCGGGGGGAGGUAGCAGCGGUGUGGGAAGUGGCGGCAAUGGAAAGGAGUGAGGUGCAGCGGCUGACGGGCAAGGUGGCGGACUUGAAGAGAGACCUGGCAGCGGUGAAGGCAGUGCUUUGUAGCAAGGAGGAAGACAGAAGUGACAUGUGGCACGUGAGUGCAUGCUUACCCGUCACGUCCUCCUCUUUGACCUCUUACCCUGCAUUCUCUUUCCCUGCUUUCCCUCUUACCCUGCAUUCUCUCUUACCCUGCGUUCUCUCUUACCCUGCGUUCUCUCUUGCCCUGCGUUCCCUCUUACCCUGCGUUCCCUCUUUCCCUGCGUUCCCUCUUACCUUGCGUUCUCUCUUACCCUUCGUUCUCUCUUACCCUGCACUUCCUCUUACCCCGCGUUCCCUCUUACCCUGCGUUCCCUCUUCCCCUGCGCUCUCUCUUACCCUGCGUUCUCUCUUACCCUGCUUUCCCUCUUUCCCUGCGCUCUCUCUUACCCUCCGUUCCCUCUUACCCUGCGUUCCCCCUUACCCUGCGUUCUCUCUUGCCCUGCGUUCUCUCUUACCCUGCGUUCUCUUUUAUUCUGCGUUCCCUCUUUCCUUGCGUUCCCUCUUACCCUGCAAAAUUCUGGCAGCAUCAGAGGAGACGAAGCUAGAGCCACGCAACAAUCAAUACGCGACAGACGCAGUGCUAGCACACAUCUACUCCCUCCCAAGCCUCACCUACCUCGACCUCACCGGCACAAGAUUGGGGGAGGAGAACGACAGGGCGAUCUCUCUUGAGGGCAUUGGCGCAGCGACUGGUCUCCAAGCGCUCGUAUUGGAUGAGACCAUGGUGCGGGACACCGAUCUGCUGCACAUCACUUUGCUCACAUCGCUCAGAACCCUCUCCCUUAAUAACGGUGACUGCCUGACCCAGGCUUCCAUGCUGCAUGUGGGCCGGUUGACUGGACUACAGGAUCUUUGCCUAGGCGGGUGUAGCAAGAUGGGAGACAAUGUGCUGCCGCUGCUGGCCGGCCUGGGCCACCUCAGCUCAAUCUCCAUGCCUCGUGGGGUCACUGAUGCCGGCCUGGUUGAGAGCAGGUGUUACCUGGGGCAUGCUGAGGAGGGCGGAGAUGGGGCCAGUGGUGUCAUAGUCCGUGACCACCGCGCCCUCUGCUGCACAUCCAGCAUGCCAGCAGAGGUGACGCCCUGGCAGGCAAACAGCGACAGCCUCUGCAGCGACGGAUGCACCUACGUCACGGACCAAGGGCUGUAG